CUGUUUGUCAUCAUCUCUCAAAAGACAGGAUCUGCCAGCCUGAAAGAAAAACAUUCGUUUUAUAUUUCAUCACUUGAUUUUCCGUGAAUCAUCUGCGUGUCGCCGCUCGAAAUCCGAUUGAUCUUCGGCCUCCAGAUGAAUCAAACCUCCCGAGCUUGAGCCAUUCCGCGCGGGGGUCCCUUCGCCAUCGCCACCCCUCCUGACAUUAAAAACAGGAUUCGUCGAGACCAGCUGAGCAAAAAUGGUCAAGUUGUUUUGCGCGAGCAUUCUUUACAAGGCGCCGGGCAAGGCGAACUGGCUGAGUUCGGCCUACGACCUCUCCACGUUCAACUUCUUCCAACGGGGCAGCGCCCAGGAGUUCAUGUCCUUCGUCAGCAAGACCAUCGUCGAGCGCACCCACACCUGCUCCAGGCAGUCCGUCAAAGAAGGAGAUUACAUGUGUCACGUGUACGUGCGGGCAGACAACCUGGCCGGAGUGAUUCUUUCGGACCAAGAGUACCCACACAGGGUGGCGCAUACACUGAUCACUAAGGUUUUGGAAGAAUUUGCAGCCAAAUUCAUUCCGUCGUCGUGGAGUUCGCUGGCCGAGAACUCUGCAGCUUUUCCACAACUCAACUCGUACCUCGCCAAAUACCAAAACCCCAGAGAGGCGGACGCCAUGACUAAGAUCCAGGAAGAGUUGGACGAAACCAAAAUUAUUCUACACAGCACCAUCGAGGCGGUGCUGGAGCGCGGAGAGAAACUGGACGACCUGGUUUCCAAGUCAGAGGGGCUCAGCGUCCAGUCCAAGGCCUUCUACAAGACGGCGCGCAAAACGAACUCUUGCUGCAGCCUCGGUUGACUUGCUGCGCCUCGAGUUGCGACCUAGUUGGUGUUUGUGAUCUUUGUGCAUGCUAAUGCCCGCCUGCCUGCCCACGCCACACAUUGAAACUUUAUACCUUUGAGUUACUUUUGUUACGAACCGUUCGAUUUGUGUAUUCCGUUGUUAUCGAAAAGAGGCUGAUUAAAUUGUUGGCUGUCGGGACCUGUAGAGCGCUGGCCAUUAUCCAUAAAUAUUCAUUUAAAGAAAAAAAAUCAGUGGGUUUUGUUGGCUUGAAAUGAAAAACUAAAGCCGUUUGGUCUUUGGCCCUCGUUUGAGGAGGUCUCGAGUUUGCCAUUAGCGGAUGGCAGAAUCUUUCCAAACCGCCUGCUUUUCAUAAUUAUUUCUUAUAAUUUUAAGGUUUAUUCUUAUUACUAUUUAAAUUAGGGUUAAGUUUCAAUGGAUGUGCCUGCAUAUAUGUAUUCCUGUGAAUGUACUCACACUGUUAUCAUGACGACACAUUUCAGAAGAACUCGAAUAAAUUUAAAUGGUGUUCAAUGAAAGAACUGCAGUAUU